AUGGGUGAGGGUAAGUUAGAAGAUUGCGAAAAGACGCUAAAUUCUAUACUUCCAACCGUAAAUCGAGUUGAAUUUCGUAAAUUCGAAUUGCAUCAAAUGCUUUCAGUGCUAAAGUUCAAACAAGGAAAGUUCAAAGAUAGCAUUGCUUUGGUCAAACAAACGCUAGAAAUGAAGCCAGAAGAUCCAACCCUGUUAAAACUCCUUAUUAUAGCAGAACACAAAAUUGAUUCUUCUGAUUUAGUUAAUGAUUGCAUCAAUGCUCUUAAAAACUGCAAGCAAACAGAAAUAAUUGUCCAAACAAUUUCUGAAUUUAUUCGAGAUUUAGAUAAAGAAGACCUUGACAAAGAAUUUAUUGAGAGCCUUCAGACUCUUCCAGACGAGAAAGCUGCGAAUUUCAUCAAAGCAAUACCAGAAACCGACGAAACUCUUCAAUAUCGUGUUAAAUUGUUGAAAUUGUGUCCUCCUACAGAUGUUGAUAAGUUAGAAGACUUAGCAUAUGCAUUAAAAGACAUGGGCGAAUACGACGAAAGUCUAAAAUACGCACAAAUGCUACCAGAAGAUAAUAAUGAAAGAUUAUUCAUCGAAACAUUGUUUGGAGACAAUCCAAUUGAUACAGCCAAGAAGCACAUCAAUAAAGGCAAGAACCAGUUCGAAAAUUGGAUCAAAAGUUUACAAAAUCCAGAUCCAAAUGAAAUUUUGAAAGAAGUCAAGCUAAUUCCAGAUUUUCGAAGCGGAUACAUCAUGGUUAUUGACUUAAUCAAUGACAGGAAUGUAAAGAACGCACUAAUCGACGAAAUUACGAAGAAAUUUUCCAAAUCAUUAAAAGCAUUGGAAUCAGCAGCCAAAGCAAAGGAAGAACUCAACGAUUACGAAGGAUUUCUAUCUAUUUCGAACAUGAUUGUCUCUAUAAAUGAAGAAAUUGGCCAGAAAUACGUUGUUCGCGCUUUAAUUAAAUUGAAUCGUCUUGAAGAAGCACAAAAACUCAUUGAUAAUGGUGUAGAACUUUCAUUAAUCGAGAAAGCGAAGUUUGCUGUUGAAUUCUGGAAGACGGAUAAAGAUGACAAUCGUUUACAUGAAUUGUUGAAAUAUCCUUAUACGAAAGAAUUUGCUGAAAUCAAAUCAAUGGCUGCUUUUUAUCUUGGAAAUCAUAUUUCUGCUGAAACAGCUAAUGAUAUAUUUACUAAUUGUUUGAAAGCAGAUAGAGAGAAUUGCAAUGUUUAUGCUUAUUUCGGAAAUUAUUUAAUUACUGUUUUAAAUGAACAAGAAAAAGGAAAAUUUUUACUUAAAAAAUCAUAUGAUUUGGGAUAUAGAGGUUCCGAAUGUCUUGAAAUCAUUGUUGAUGAAUGUAUUAGUUCUAAUCAAUACGAAGAAGCAAUAAAACACUGUCAACUUGUUAAUGAAAGUUGGGCAAGAUUUAAAUCAGGUUUGUUGUAUUUUAAAUUAGGAAAAUAUGAAGAUGCUUCAUAUCAACUCCAAUUGUAUACAAAAAGGAAUCCUGAUGAUUUCAAUGCAUUGACUGUUUUGGGAUAUACUUAUAUGUCUAUGGGUCGACUUGUUGCUGUUUCUCAAAUUGCAGAAGAAUUAGAAAAGAUUGGUCAUCCAUGUAAAGAAUUACAAUACAAAGUUGAUUGUAUAUAUGGUAAAAAAUUGUCUGAAAACAUAAUUGACCAAGAAACAGUUCAUAAUCCUCUUUUGUUUGGUCCUUCUCUUUAUCAGACAAUGGAAUUAAUGAAAAGAUUGUUUAAUUUUAAUAGAUAUGAAUCAAUUAUUGAAGUUAUUCAUCAAACAGAAAAUUUAGUUUCUUCUCAUGUUUUAGAAUUUGGUGAAAAAUUAUCUUCUGUUCUUAAAUCAGCCGCUGAAUAUUAUUUGCUCGCUUUCAAAGUAACAAAAGAAGGAAAAUAUGCUAAUGAAUGUUUGAAAUUAUUUAUGAGACGUGCCGAAAAAGAUAAAAGAGGUGAAUGUUUUAUUGAUGUUGCAGAAGUUUUAUCUUUACUUGGAAAGACAGAACAAUCAAUAAUUGUUCUUAGAAGAGCUGUUAAAGCAUUCCCAGAUAACGCUUAUGUCUGGAAAUCUCUUGGCAUCGCUUUCUUCAUGACAGGAAAAAUCUCAUUUUCUCGUCAUUGUUUCUGUGUUGCAGCGAAAUUAUCUGAUGAAACUGAAAAAGCGAAUGUUCUUAACUGUUAUGCGGCUUUGUCUUAUUUCACAAAUGAUAAUGAAAUGAUGUCUCGUGCUUCAGAAGAAGCGAAUACACUAGAUCCUAAGAACGCUUCUUCAUGGGAACACAAAUCUAUUUGUGGAACAAUUGAUCCUUAUCAUGGACAAGUUCUUUCUUUUACACAUGGAAAUCAGAAGUAUUCUAUUGAAACAUUGACUGAAUUGGCAAUCAACGCGAAUAAACCAUUCGAAUCUCUCGGAUACGCGUUUAUGACUCGUGAUAAAACAAAGAUUUGUUUGGCUCUUGAAGCAUGCGGAAAAUACAAAGAUGCUUUCGAAUUCACUGAAGACGAAGAAACAAAGGAAAGAUUGAAAUUCCUUCUGGAAGAAAAUGAUAAAGAAAAUGUCAAACACUCAACAAGAUUUAAUGAACUUAUUUCAGGAAUUGAAGAAGCUUCAAAAGCUAAUGAAAUUGAAAAGAAAGAGGAAAUUCUAAACGGUCUCUAUUCAAAUACAGAUAGAAAUUUCAAAGAAUUAAUUGACCAAUUAAGAUAUCACAUUAAUCUUGAUUCAUUACAACCUGAAAAUUGUUUUGGAUACACAAGAGACCUCACGAAACAAAGCGAUGCAAAGAAUGCAGCAGUUGAAACAUUCAAUCAAUACAAGGACUACUACAAUCCUCUCGUUAUCAAGAACUACAUUAUACAAGUUCUUAAAACUAAUGAUACAUACGAAAUAAUUGCUCCAUGGUCAGAAAUACUUCUUAAGAUGGAUGCAUCUCGUGACAACAUCCUUUUGCAAGCUUUGACAAUGAUUUUCACUAAAGAUAAUCAAUCUGCUGCAAAAUAUCUACAACAAUACAUAACAUUGAAGCCACAAAUGUAUAAGAAGAUACUUCCAUUGAUUAGAAAACUUAAUAAUCAAUAA